AUGAGAACCUCCAAGGAUCUGCAAGGGUUUCAUCGCAAAUACGCAAAUGGAAUGACACAGGGCCGCACUGGCUGGAAUUCCAACAGGAGAGUCGACCUGUUCCCCGAGGCACAACCAAGUCACAGCGGAGUGAGCCCACCGCCACCGGCAUUCUUCGUUCCCUCCAUCAUCGACGCUCUGAGACAGUCCGAGCAUAACGCCUCACAAACAAAGGUUGUGCCGGGAGAGGCCGACGUCUUCUGCGCCCAGUAUGUCCGGGAACAUGGCGGGACAGUUCUGACGUCUGAUUCGGACCUGCUCGUUCACAACCUUGGACCCAACGGCAGCGUCGUCUUCUUCUCGGAUAUUGAAUCCAACCCAGCCGGCACAGAGCUUACCGGCUUGCAAUUCAAGAGUUCUGACAUUUGUGAGCGUCUCUCGCUGCAGCCUGAGGAUGGCCUUUCGUGUCUGGCGUUUGAGCUCAUAAUGGACCCGCACAUCACUCUUGAGCAAGCGGUCUCCAAAGCCAAGAGCAAGUACUCCAUUGCAGCCUAUCCAGGCGCGCACAAGGAGUUUAUUGAGCAGUAUCUCUCCCCUGAAACGGGGUCUCAGAUCCCGGUCGAAGCAUCCGUCGUGUUGGACCCCCGGAUAUCAGAAAUCGUUCUUCGAUGUCGGGAUAAGAAGCCGGCGAUGUACCUCCCUUUCCUGUUGGACUCUCCGACUCGAACCAGUGCGUGGGAAUCAAGCAAGGACAUCAGGCAACUGGCAUACGGUAUACUCCAGACAGUGACUGGGUCGCCAAUACCGACGGUUGCCGAAUUUAGGAGGCUUGAUCAGCCAUCAGCAGGAACACCUAUCAAGGUCCCGCCUAUCUCAGAGGUUGAGAUGGACGCAGCUGUGCUUGAGGAUGUCUUGUCAUUGAUCAUCAAGAACGUGAAAAACUCCAAGGCGGUUUGGAUGACACUCUCCGUCUAUCAGGACGUGGUCAUGACAACCAGCCAAGGGAAGGUCCAGCCACUCAGCCUGAAGCUACUCCAGCAGGCAGUGGACGAGAAGCUCGACAUAACCUCUUGGGAGUGUGUUCACUUUCUUGCUCAAUGUCAGGCGACUUAUUAUUCCCUCAGGAUGCUGCAACAAAUAAUGCAGUACGCGGCCACUCAGGGCAAGGGGCUAUCGCCCGCCCUGAAGGAAUUGCAAGAUUGCUUAUCCAGGCUUCCUUCUCUCCCGGAUUUCCCGACCAUCUUCAACUUCCCAGAGAUGCUUCAGCUGAUCAUCGACAAAAGGGGACUGUCCUGCUUGACAAAGAUAUGCGCCGAUCAGGACGACAUGGUACCCCAGCUGGAGGCUAUCAUGCAGCCCAAAAAGCAACAAAAGUCGAACAAGCGGAAGAACUCGCAAGAGCCUGAGGCAAGACCGCGAUCUAACAACCCAUUUGCGCUCUUGGAUGCAGAGUGCUGA